AACCCUUUUUCUUUCCCUCUCCUACCAUACCUAGUCAUACCCUCUCUAUUCCCGCGCAUGUGUGGUCGCUGAACGGGGCGUGGCCGAAACGGAAAUCGGAGCGGGAUGGAGUCAUACCGGAGUUUAAUCACCUGUCUUUCAUUUGGGUUCCUUCCUCUGUUCCACUUUCGUUUUUUCAUCGCGCUGCGCUUUUUCGAGGAUGCGGGAGACGUGUUUUGUAGCCGAACCACGGUGGCGGUGGGGUCGGCGGUGGCGGUGGUGGAUGUGUGGGCGGUAGCGGCACGUGUACGACGAGACAGUACUUAUACCAUCCCCCAACCUCUCCUUAUCGUACCUCGCAAAGGGGUUACGAUUCCGUUGCAGCCAUUUGGCGCAUGGGAUCGGCCCUUACCUUAGAUACUCCUGUGUCCAUUUUCGAAUGGAUGCGUCUGACCGAUAGUAAGUAGUGUAGUGUAGGUUUUGAGAAUCGAAGUCUUCGAUG